GCGUAAGCAUUUGGCCGCUGGACGCCGCCUGGCCGGCCCUGCCCCCGCCUUGCCAGGAGGGGCACGACGCUGGGGUCGAGAGCCCGCCCAGCCCCCGAGCUGACGUGCGUCUACCAGCCCUGCCCCCGCCAUGCCAGGAGGGGAACACACGUGCCUUACUUGUAUUCAAAACAUCAUUUCCGUUUAUUCCCGGCAGCGGCGGCUGGGUGAAGCUUCACGUGACGGACGUCCUCCGUGACCCCGACGGACCCCGUAAGAUGGCUGACGUAGCCAAGACUGAUGACUUGAGGCCUUCUGCAUCAGAAGGCAGCGUAUGCAAAAUGGUCUUUUCGAUUAACCGCGCCAUUUAUUGUUUCACGGCACUGAGCUCAAAAGUGCUGCAGUUCGUUGUCAACAAAGAAUGUUCUGACAAAAAAAGCAACGAGACUUACAAACAAUACAUGGAACGUAGGCAAGGACGUCCUUUCGGUGAUGAAGAAUGGAACAACUUAUGUCCGAACCUAAUAAACUUUCUAGAAACGGCUUGGAAUCCAGAAAAUUUAGACGCCACAGAUCUUUUCAUUCUGCUUGACCAUAUUUUCGGAAAUGAUGUCACGAGGAAUCACUCUGAACUUUCCAACAAGUUGCAAGUCGUCAAGAACUUGCGACAUGAAAUCAUGUACUAUUGGUCGCCUUCUACGAUCCACCAGAAGUUGGAUGAGCUGUCAACAGCGUUGGUAGAGCUGGUACGAGAAGCCGGCUGGUUUUAUCGUCUCCUACUGACCGAGCUUGUAACGACGGAAAAAGAGCUCAAAGAUGAAAUUGAGAAAAUCGUUGGUCCCUUAGGUAUAGAGAGCCUGUCAUGGAAUGCUACAUAUUCCAUUGAGAGCCACGUCAAGCCCUUCACUACACUUGAUGCACAACUCGAAUUCCUGAAUAAGGAAGGAGAUAGUGUGGGAAAAGCCUUCUCAUUGAUGAAUCAAGAUGUUAGAAGUGUUUUCGUUGAUUCCACAACCAUGAUGCUUUUCUGUGAAAUCAUGAAUGACUUUCCUGAGACGAUCUCUUCAUGGGAAACACCCGGGGAUGUGGCGCUUGACAUUCUGGAGAUGUUCAGGAAACGCAUCAUAUCAUCUCGUGAGGAUUACUCCGGAGCUAAAAAAUUCGUUGAUGAUCUUUUCGAAUUUAUCGGUGCUGCCGCCUUAAAAUCACUCUGCGAUAGUGUCCUCACUUUCUCAGAAAACAAAGGCGUUCUGCAUCUCAAAGAAGAUUGGCAUCUUGAAGACCUCCUUGCUGGGUUGCUAAAACUGAACAUACCGAAAUCUAAGGAAGACAAUUUCAGUGGAACGUUCCAUAACAAGACAUUGCAAGAGAUGUUUGCAGCCGAUUACGUCUUCCAUCGCAUCCUAGCCUGUGAUGACCCCCUCAACGUUAUCAUAGGAACCACGCCACAUGUAUCAACUCGGGUUGACGACCGCACUCCGCGUUCCUCCAAUAUGCUGGAGGUGACUGAGCCGUCCAAGGAACUCCUGCAGUCGCCGACUAACUUGCAACCUUUAAGGGCGGUGCUGCAGUACGUGGAGCAGAUGCUGAUGAGACGCAGCUCCUUCCACCUCCAUUGUAGAUGGGAUGAGCUGGAGGAGGCGCUGCAACAAGCUGGCGCCAUUUAGGCUGAUUCAGCCAAGCUUUGAGUUUUCGCAAUAGCCUGUUCUUUUAUUAUGUGCCCACUAUGAGGUGCAGGGGUCAGAAAGGUGUCUGUGAUUAUGUGCCCACUGUGAGGUGUAAGGGUCAGGGAGGGAUGUGUGAUUAUAUGCCCACUGUGAGGUGUAGUUGUCAGGGAGGGAUAUGUGAUUAUGUGCCCACUGUAAAGUGUAGGGGUCAGGGAGGGAUAUGUGAUUAUGUGCCCACUUAGUGAGGUGUAUUGUUCAGGAAGGGAUCUGUGAUUAUGUGCCCAAAGGAGAGGCAGUAAACGCGAGACUGCGAGCUAUCUGCAUGUGAGAGAUCAUCGAGAACGAAUAUGUUCUUGUUUAGCCCAUAAAUGUAGGAAGGCCGACUUAUUUAUCUCUUUCAUUAAUGUUUACUAUAUUUUCAUGCGAUUUAUAAAGCCAUCAAUUAUCAAUUUCCAUGAAAAAUAUUUUUUAAUUAAACUAUUAGCGUAUUGGCUGUUCGAAAGAAGCACCUUAUCUUGGUAAAGAGAAAAUAGACUUGGAUCAGGAAAUAAGGUAAAAGGUUAUAUAUGCACCAGCUGAUGUCUCGCCCCUUCCUCCAAUAUUUAAAUAUUCACAUGAAUGCGGUCAGUAAUUAGCAUAACGAAUAGCCGGGCUGCUAAGAAGCAAUGUUCUCUACAAGUAUGUUCUGUAAAUGUAUGGUGAGGAAGCAGGUAACAAUGUAUAGCUACUUGCUAGCUUUUCUCUUAGACCAAAUUUUGAAUGAAUUAUCUAAUGUUUAUCGUUUUGAAGAGUGUUUAACGACGCCCUAAAGCCUAAAGAAGAGCGAUUGGAAAUAAGUCAUAACAAUGGAAAGGCACGAGACAUGACUAAAGAGUUCUACAAGCAGAACAUAACACAACAGGACGGUAAUGUAGCAUUUUCACUUCAGUGACGGGAUAUGGUUACUUGGAAAAGUAGUUAAUUUCAGAGGGGCCCCCAUUUGCUUGAACAAAAGCAUUUGUUCUUUAACAACAAGUUCAACUGGGAACUUGUCUUCGUGGAACCAAGUAACUAAGAAACGUAUCACAGCUGACUUAUCUCAAGCAGCUACUGUUUGAGUAAUUGUUAAAACAACCUCCGCUUAUGACUUUUGAAUAGCGUUGAAUAAUGGACCAAGAGGAAAAUUGAAGCGAUGUUAUUGUUAUUAGUGUUGAGGUUACGGUGCGACGGUGAAAUAGUACUAUUACGACAUUUUGUCAACAUUGAAAUUAUAAAUUUUGAGGAGUUUAUAAACGCACCAUAUUUUAUGACCUCCUCAUAACCAUCACAAUUGCCUUAUUACCUUCCAUAAAAUCCUCAUUCUCAUUCAAUGAACAUUGAACAUGGUAUUUCAAGCAGCUCUAUUUUGAACAUGAUACCAAUUCUCUAUAGAGGACCUUGUGUCUGUGCCUACCUCUAACGGUUCGCCAGAAGAAGACGGACAGUUGAAGCUUAAAAUAACUCCACACUACUGCACGAUAAAUCGUUCUUUUUCCGAAUACUUAGCGAAAGAAAUAAAAUUGCUGCUUAAAUGUUA